ACUAGUUGAGUUUCGCGUUCAAAGUGCGGAUAUUCAGUAAAUAAAUAAAUAAAUAAUUAAUGUUCGUUUCAAAACCUUGGAUGAAUAAUAAUUCCUGUGCAACAUAUUUCAGAUGUUUUAAUAAUAUUUAAACAGUUUGUAACCAAUGUGGCAGCGCAAAAUUUUAUUUUGAUUACUUGAGCGCUCACUCAUAACUACCGCAAGUGCAAAUACUCACUACCACACUCAAUGCGGUCUGCUCCAGCUAAACGCAACGGAAUUCGUUGCCUCCAAAGCAAAUGGGCACGAUCAAUGCGAUCAUACCGUGUUCGUAGCUCGUAACAUAAACGACUCGUUUUUUCGCUUCGGUGCGGAAAGUGCUCGCGGACUUGAGAAACAACAGAAAAAAUAGAUAUCUGUAAGAUACAACAAUACGAAGGGAGUUAUAGAUAUGAGAAGAAAGUGAAUCAAAUAACAUAAAUACAGUUUAGUUUAGAAAUUUAACCAACAAGUGAACUGCAGAAAAAUAUAAAGCAGAAACAACAAAGUUGUGUACAAAACAAAAACGCCAAUAAUUUUUAACUAAAAGCAGUACCGAAACAGUGAAUUCGAAAUAAAUAUUGAGUAAGCGCAGUAAAAAUUAAAUUGUUUCACAAAAACCACCCAAAAGUGUAUACAAAUCAAGAGUAAAUCGAAAUUGGAAAAUUAAAAAAAAAAAAACAUAAAUGAAUAAAAUUGUAAUCAUUUGUAUAAAGCGCACAUCAAAAAUUAUAUACAACUGUUAAAGAAAAAUACCAGAGCAACAGGAAUUUGCCCUCGAACAAAUAGACAGCACCGCGAGAAAACGUACCGACCAGCGCACAAUUGACUGCAUACACACCUACACACACUCACACAUACACAUUUUUGAAAUGAAAAAAUAAUAAAUAAUUAAUUUUUUAUGGAAUGGAAUGCAGCAACAGAGAUAGCGCUAGCUGCCGACGCCUGGGGGCCGUGCGCGUAAACGAGACGCCGACAAGUUGGAGCAGCGCACGAAUUCAAUUUUGAAACGAUCCAACAGUGUACAGCGAACAUCGUCGUAUAAUAAGCAGCAACGCUAAGCACACGCGCGCAGUGGGGUAGCACGAAAGUAUGGUGUCCAUGCAUGCCUACGUUUGUGUGUUUAUAUGAGAGAGUGAGAGACGCUCAACGCUUGUUGUAGCAGUGCGCGUUCAUAGUGCGGCAAAGUGACGCGAAAUCGACGCGAUCAACGUGGAGCGCUACCAACAACUGACUAACCGACUGCGUUAGUGUGUGAGCACAUUUCAUAUUGAGCGCGCCACCAAAACAACGCCCCAACCGCCCGCGCCUACCAUACACACACAACCGCACAAGCAUGUCUGCUCUAUCGCCAUCAAACAACUAAGCGCAGCCAGCAGCAGCAGUCAGCGCCGAGCAGUCAUCGUGGCCAAGUUACAUACGUACAGCUAUCUAGCGGCCAGUCAGCUAUAGCUAGCUAGCGCGCUAACGCCCGCAACGCGAUCGAACCGCUUGUAAAUACACACGCGCGAACUAUAGCAAAUAGCGCGUACGCGCCUUUACUCUGAUUAGUAUCGUUUGGAGCGAGCGCGUCGUGUACAAGGCGAGGAAUUUUUGUGCGCGUCUCACGUACUUAAAUAAAUUAAUAUAUUUAUCUAGUGUGCCGUACAUAUUUACAUGUAUGCGUUUUGUUUUGAUUAUAUAGCGCUGUGUAUCUCAUGGAUGGUGUGUUACAUUUGCAAUUUGCAUGGCUACCAUACAUACAUAUACAUAUAAAUAUAUAUAUAAUACAAGUGUACAUAGCAUCUAGCGAUACGCGCGUGUCUUGAGUGAACGAAUAAUAAAUAUAUAAUUUUAUUAUAAUAACGCAAUAUCGUAAAUCACAAGUGAAUUGAGUGUAAAGAUCGCUUAGAAAAAUUUGUUUCAAAUAGUUUGCAAACAACUGUGCUGAAUUCCAAAUAAUUGGAAGUAAAGUGCGCCAGCCAGCCAUUAUAAAGUGAAAACAGUGUAAGCGUACAAGCGAAAAUCGUGAAAAUUAAUUGAAAGUUUGUGAAAAAAUAGUGAUAUAUCACAUAAAAAAUAUAUAGCGCGCUGUUGCCGCCCCACAACUUAAUUGCCCAUUCAUCAAAUAGCAUACCGCUCCGCGCAGCACGUUGAUUAGCGCUCGCGAUUGCAAAUUGCAGUAGCGCAACAGCAACGCCCCAGAAGCAACUGCAAACACACGCGCUCACAUAAACACUGUACAUUUCACCGAACUGUAUGUGCCGCGUCUCUAGCGCUGCCCUACAUCUGCACGUAAAUACCACUUGCUGCCAGUAGUUAUGCGCCAGCGCGCGUUUGCGUCUGCCAACAACAGAUAAAAUAGAUAACAGCCAGUGCAAGCAAAAAGACGAACAACAGCGAAAUUAUUAGCGCGGCGAAUAUGUUGUCGCCAGUGCCAAGCCAAACGCCAGCACAAACACCAAAAGCAACAACAGUAAACGCAUUCACAACGUCAUCAUCACAGUCGUUGCCAUCAACGUCAGCGCGCGCAUUGCUGUUGUGGUAGUCUACGGCGCUGUCGUAAAUUGCCUGCAUUUGACAGUCAUAUUCGUUAAUAACGCCAGCAAUAGCAAUCACUAGCAACAACAAGCGCAGCUGUAACACGCUUAGUGACAAUUUUCAGACAGCAUUUGCAACAAAAAUAAGCGCUUUCAAGCCAAGAAAACAACAACAAGUUACAGCAACAAAAUUUUGCGCGCAACAAACGGCUUUUGGCUUCGCCGCUAUUUUGUUGUUGCUGCUGUUGCAUAUACAUUACCACGUUUAUAGUUUAAGUGACGCCUCGCGCCCGGUUGCAUACGCCAACAGCCACAGCUUAGUGGUGGAGGCGCGCAGAACCGCUUCAGCAGCCGGUGCCACCGUUUUUGUUGGCAAUCAUAAAAAUUUACUCGUCGACAACGUGCAGGAAUUUCAAAUUGAAAUUAUGCCAAAACAACAGCCACAAUACCACCACCACCACCAUCUCCAACAACAACAGCAACAACACCAACAGCAACAGCACAUUCACCAUCAGCAGCACAAUCACACAACGACACAUCAUGGCGAGUAUCCGCUGCCAGAUGGUUGGGACAUCGCCACCGAUUUCGAUGGGAAAACCUACUACAUCGAUCAUAAUACGAAGAAGACAACGUGGCUGGAUCCGCGCGAUCGUUAUACCAAACCACAGUCGUUCGAAGAUUGUGUCGGCGAUGAGCUGCCGCAUGGCUGGGAGGAAGCCUACGAUCCACAUAUAGGACGCUACUAUAUCAAUCACAUAGAGCAGUCGACACAGUUAGAGGAUCCCCGCCAGGAAUGGAAGAGCGUGCAAGAGCAAAUGCUAAGCGAUUACCUGUCGGCCGCACAAGAUCAAUUGGAGAACAAGCGUGAACUGUAUGAUAUUAAGAAGCAGCGUUUGCAGAUAGCGCAGGAAGAGUAUAAUCAGCUGAAUAAAUUGGCGACCAGCAGAAGCAGUUUGUGUUCCUCUUCGAGCUCAAUGAGUCGACACGAUCCCGAUUUAUUGCGCGCCGAAGUCGCCUCAUCGUGGGAGCGUGUACGUCUGCUGCGGCAGGAACUGAAGCACAUCACACACGAUAUUACGCACACGCAACGCGGCAUGAAUACGCUGUACUCGGUGGGCGAGAAGAUCAAUGCACGACAGAAUGGUUGCUAUGACAUCGCUGAAGUGCAGGCCAUACGCGAGGAGAUGCUUAAGGUGCACAAAUCGCUGGUGUCCGGUGAGAAGGUGCGCGAAGAGCUGAUGCGCAGUUUGGUGGAGAUUAAGAAUGAGCUGAGCCGCCAACAGAUCAACGAUGAGAAUGCUGAGCUGAUGAAUGCCGCCUCACCGUUUGAUCGCGUAUGCGUCGCCUCACAGACAGAUCUGUGUGGCGCGGGCGACAUGAAUAGUGGCGCACGAUUUGCCGAGAUGGCCAAGACGAAAUUGCAGUACUCCGAAUGGCGUAAGCAUAUUAAAAAAUUGCAACAGCAGUUGGUGGAUCAUGUGGAACGUAUCGAUCCCGGCCAGUUGGAGUCUGACAAGGAUCGCAUUUUGCUGAUACAAGAAAAGGAGAAACUACUGACCGAUUUGAAUAGCAUUUCGAUGGAGUCGCGUCCACAUGAAGAAGUGCACGUUAUACAGCAAACACGCCGCAAACUUGAGGAAGAUCUGAAAGAGGCGUACGAGGCUACAAAUCAAUGCAUAGCGAAACGUUUGCGUUUCCAUGAAGAAAAGCAGUUGCUGGUUGGAGAGCUGCAGGAAGCGCUCAAAUCUACAAAGAAACUAGAGGAACGUCUCAAGUCAUUCUCAUCAGAGAGCACAUUCUCCAUUAGCAGUGGUUCUAGUCUGGGUUCAUUGUCGACGGCGAGCAGCAAGAGCGCGCUCAGCUUCACCGACAUCUACAUCGAUCCAUUCGCUGUCGAUUCACAAAUCGAUGUGAUCGAUUUGCAGCGUCGCUCACAGCGUUUCUACCAACAGCAACAACUGCAAGCCGCACAGGCGCAGCUACAGCUACAACAACAGCAUCAGCAACAACAGCACCAGUCACAAAUGCAUACGGUUACGCAUGCGCAUCCACAGCUACAACAGCAACCCUCAUCGGAAUUGUCGCUAUCGCCGCGUAGCAGCCUGUCUAUGGAAACACCACCCGCCUCGCCUAUGAAAUACAAUGCCAAUGCCGAUCAAGUAGCGAUCAGCAGCCAGCGGCUCAAGGAGGAGCCAACCUAUGCCAACACACCUACAGGUGCUGCUUUGCCACCACUCUAUCAGCCAAAUCCAGCAUUGGCUGCUGCAAUGGCACGUACGCAUGCACAGGACUUGGACUCAACACUGCUGGAUUGUAUGGUGUUGGAGGCCAAACUGCAGAAACUUAACUUAUCCGCACCACUUAACCUGCCCGCUGCGCCGUUGUCGCCAAUUUCCGAAAAACCAUCAUUGCUGGAUCUGCCGCAAGAGAUGCUCAGCCGUUCGUCAUCGUCCUCGAAUACACGUUCCGUAUCUGCGGCGGUAAGCAAUGAAUCAGUCGCCGGCGACUCUGGCGUUUUUGAAGCUUCGCGCGCGCAUUUCCCGCGUAAGGAGCUGGCGCAAGUGCAGAUCGGGCUAAAAUAUCUGAAGGAUAAGGGACUACUAGUCGUUUCGCUGGAACGUGCGAACAAUCUCUCAGCGCUGUGGACUGCGACCGCGGACAAUUCACAAGUUUAUUUACGCGCCGCUUUGUUGCCCAAUUCGCUUACUUCGAUUCGCACAAAACCCAUGUCAGACUUCCAGAAACCUGUCUUCAGCGACACCUUUGCCGUGCCCAUAACGCUCAGCAAACUGCAGACGAAGAGUUUACAGGUCACUGUGGUCAGCAUGACUGGCCAGAAAGAGGAGAUUAUCGGCACCGUACAGAUCAGCAUGGCCGAAUUCAAUGCCGACGAUUCCACACUCAAGUGGUACAAUGUGCUCAGCUCUAAAUUUAUGCCAACAUUUGAACCAUUAGAUAUGCCCUCAACGAGUGCGGCCGCCGCUGCAGCAGCCGCUGCUGGCGUUACUGCCGCAGUCACUGCUUCUACGGCUGCAGCGCCACUUGCGUCCGCAGCCAAUGCUGCCGGCGCAAAUGUACCAAAUGUCGCCAAGGAAGAGUCGUCCGAUGAAUCGACAAUUACCUCGUCACAAACCUCAACGCUGACGCGCAACCAAGUGCCGCCCUUCGAGAUGCAGGCACAAAUCACUGAGGAAAUAGAACAACUGAGUGUAAACGAUGAGGAUGAUGAAGAUGAGGAGGAUGAUGAUGAAGACGACGAUGACGACAAUGAGUUGGAGGAACUGACAGCUGACUUCACAAAGAAAAUGCUGGAGGCCUAUAAUUGCAUCGAUCUGAUUAAACAAGAAUAUGCGGACAAGGAAACAAACACCGAGUGCGCGUUUGCACCCGAAAAAUUGCGAGCUUCACAACAGCAACAGCAAAUGGCCGACGAUAGGCCGGUAAAGCGUUCGCAGACAUUCACGCCCUCAGCGGCAGUCAAUAAGAACCGUUACAUUUGUCGACUUAAUCGCUCCGACUCGGAUUCGGCAAUGCAUUUCGGCGUGACGCCGCAUCCCUUCCAUCGCGGUGCUGUCGAGCGACGUUCGCUACGCUUUCACACCAAAGCGCCAAAGCAAAUGACGAAACUUCGUCAUACACAUAUACCGAGAACCAGCUUGGACUUGGAGCUGGAUCUGCAAGCGCAGCAUAGCAAGUUAGAUUUCCUAAAUGAUCAAAUUGCCAAAUUACAGAACUUGAAACAAGUUCUGGAGAAGGGUCGUGAUAAUCGCGAUCCCUUAAUUGCCGCCUGGGCUAUUGAGAACGAGGAGUUCCAACGCUUGGUCGAGCGUGCUGACCCAGCCAAAUGCCCUGAGGAGAAGCAAUUGCAUAAGCUUUUGAUGAAAACUGCCAAAGAAAUUCAUAAGCUGCGCAAAACCAAGGUGCCGAAGGGAUCACCCGAUUUGUUGUCGUUCAAAGAGAAAAUGACCUUCUUCACACGCAAGGGCCUACCAGUGCCCGACUUACCAGAUCGCGCCGACUACGUUUUGCCCGAUGCCGAUCUGAUCGAAGAGGAAGACGAAGAGGAGGACGACGAGGAGGACAAGGCACGCGAAACAGCAAUCGCUAUCAAUACAGCGCUCGUGGCCAGCAAUAAUCGAAAUAAGAAUCUCAGUGAGAAUCAUUUGGGCAUCGCAGUCAGUCGUCGAGAAUUGAACGCGGCCAAGAGCACAGCAGCUGCGGCCGCAGCAGCAGCAGCGGAAGCGGCAAAAUUGAACGUCACCAAUGCGGACAUGUCAUUGCCGAGCACAAGUGCGGCGGCUGCAAAGGCGCACGUAAACAGCAACAACAGCAAUGGCGCCAAUGGCGAGCAGAAAGACGACCGCUACGACUACGUGGUCGAUCGCAAUUACGGUGUGGAAGUUUGAAGCCACACCGCGUUGCUUAACUGUAUAUUUUAUAGUUGUAUAUAUUAUUUUCGUUUUUUACUUUAGAUCGUCGUUUAUAUAUAUUUAUGCAUUGUACAUUGAAUAUCCGCUACAGGAUAACACAUAACCAAGAGAAACAAAAAUUGUGCCUUACUCGUAGUUUUAUCAAGGCUUAGAAGGUAUCACGAAGUGGUUAAGAUAUCUUUUAGCUUUUUUUAUUUUAGUUGUUAAAUUAAUAUGCUGUACAAACUUGAGUAUUUGCAUAAUUGCAAAGGAAAGUAGAUAUUAUAUUAUGAAUAUAGUUUUAAGUCGCCGAAAAAGCGCAUGCUGGCGUUUAUGCUAAAAUCGUAUACAAUUUUUUUGUAGAAAUUGAAUUUGGACCUGAAAGGGUUUUCACACACCCAAGACUUUACCGAUUGCAUUGUAACCAAGCUAUAAUAGUUUUUUCGACACACCAGCGAAAAUAGCAAAAACAAACAAAAAUACCCAAAUUAGACGCUAGAUGUCGUAGCGAUCUUAGUUGUAAUUAAAUUUCUUUUUAUUUUUGUUAAAAACAUAACUAAAUGUAAAGUAGUUAAGCAGCUGCUCUUGUAUAUGCUACAAGCGAAAAAUUUAUCGCAUGCGAUUAAUUUUGCUAAAACAUUUACAUUAUUUCUUAUUUAUUUAAUUUUUUUAUACAUUAUUAUUAUAUUUUAAUAUAUUGGAAGGCUUGCGUUUUUGUUGAGCUCGAUUUUAUAAUGUUUUGUUGUAAUUUAUAUUGAAUGAUGGCAAUCCACAUAAAUAUUAUUAGUAGUUACUAUAAAAAUAUUGCAUAUUGAAAUAUGAUUUACAUACAUAUAAAUAUUUAUACACAACUUCGCUACUUAUUUAUGAACGAUAUACAUAUAUUUAUAUAUACUAUACAUAAAUUGUGCGAAACUAAUUUCACUUGAAAACUGCAAAACAGUUAGAAUCUGUAUAAAAGGAAGAGGGAAACAUAUUAUUUUUGUUAAGUCUGCCUGAAUUAGCUACAAUUUGAGUUUGCAAGCAAACAAGCAAAGGAGCAAAUAUUUUGUUGUUUUAGUUAUAGAUAAUAUUAAAAAAAGCAGAAGUGUGCAUAAAUAAUAACUGUAAAUAUAAGUGUAAAAAAUGCAAGUGAAAUGCGUAUGAAAUGAGCUGCAACGCAUACCAACAAAUACAUAUAUAUAUAUAUGUAUGUGUGCGUGCGGCUGUUAUAAAUUUUUGAAAACUUUCAACUUACUGUUAGUGAAAAAUGAAAUUAUUUCCAAAUCGUGUUUUAUUGCUGCGCCGAGCUGCUGUGUUUGGUUUGCUCUUUGCUUGAUUUGAGUUUGCGAUUUUUUUUUUUUUGAAUAUUUUGUGAAAUUGUCAAACUAGUUUAAGUGUAAUGUAUGUAUAAAAGUUGCAUUGUAAUUUAUUUUUUAAUUUUUGGUGGACCUUAUGCUUGUGUUUGCGUGUUGAAUCGUUUCGACAUGCAGAAUAUUUACCAAUGUAUGUAUAUUGUUUGAUUCAUAUGCUAUUUUAUCUAUAGUGGGUUAAUAUUGUAAGUGAAAAUGUAUGUAUGUUUGUAAUUAGCGAAUGAAAAAAAAAUAAAAAAAGUAAUAUUAACAAUUAAAAAAUGAAAAAAAUA